UUUCUUGCAGCUGAUCGUCAAGGGGGCCGGUUGCAGCUGGCCCUGUGGGUUUAGGGGCCCGUUGGCAGCUCGGUCUGUGUGCUUCAGGGAGCCCUUCGGAAUAUAAAGGUCGUUUGCAGCUGGUCUUGUGGGGCUUAGGGACACUGUAGGGCUGAGGGUAACUGUCUCUGUCUGGUUUAGAGAGCCCUGUGAGAUUUUGGGCCCCUUACAGGUGGCCCUGUGGUGUUUAAGUCCCUUGUGGGGGUCCCUGUGGGCUUUGGUUCAGUGGGCUGCAUGGAUCUUGGAGGCCCUGUGGGAUUAGGGGCCCCUCACAGCAGCCUGGAGUGGAUGGGCUCCACACGGAUUUGGCGAUAAGCUGGUGCUGACAGGGGCAGCCCAAGGAUAAUGUGCUGAGUCCUGCACCCCCAGAAGGAUUUCCUCACUUGGGGUGGGACCCAGCCUGGAUGGGGGACAGGGGCUCUUCUUGGCUGUACCGUGCUGAGCUGCUGCAUGUCACCUGUGCUGGCUGAGCUACAUCUUCCUCAGGAAGAGGUUAGGUCCCCAUGAGUCAUAGACCUGAGCAGUGCUUUUCCUCCCAAGUACAACAUAACUGUGCUGCCGUGCUGCUGGGGAUCUCCUUGGUGUGGUCGUGGGGCAGUGUGCAGCCACCCAGGGUAUCCACAGGAAGAAAAAAAAAGUAGGAGUGAGUAGAAGAUUAAGACAAACAUAUUUUGCAAAUCCUUCCAACCUGGAGCACCAGGCAUGAAGCAACAAGGAAAAUGCUGAUUGAUCACAGAUGCUGUAUAUAAGUUACCCAUCAGCGGCUUUCAAGAUGACAAGAAUUUUGACAGCUUGCAAAGUGGUGAAGAUUUUGAAAGGCAGAUUGAAGUUUUGCAAUGUGUCUGCUGAUCACUGGAGUUUCUCAAGGACAGGUACCAGACUGUUGAGCAUCAAGGUGCAGACAGCAAACUUGGUGCUGGAAGAUGGGAUGAAGAUGAAGGGCUAUUCUUUUGGCUAUCCAUCCUCCACAGCAGGGGAAGUCGUGUUCAACACGGGGCUGUCUGGAUGCACUGAAGCCUUGACAGAUCCCAGCUACAAAGGACAGAUUCUUACCUUGGCUAACCCCAUAGUUGGGAAUGGUGGAGUGCCUGACACGGCUGCUUUGGAUGAAAUGGGCCUCAGGAGAUUUCUGGAGUCUGAUGGGAUCAAGGUUUCAGGUUUACUGGUGCAGGAUUACAGCAAUGAGUACAGCCACUGGCAAGCUACUAGGAGCCUGGGAGAGUGGUUGCAAGAAGAACAGGUGCCUGCACUGUAUGGGAUUGAUACCAGAAUGUUGUCCAAAGUAAUUCGUGACAAGGGCACAGUACUUGGGAAGAUUGAAUUUGAAGGUCAACCUGUGGAGUUUGUAGACCCAAAUAAGCAAAACUUAAUUGCAGAAGUUUCAACAAAGGAAGUCAAGAUUUAUGGCAGAGGGAAUCCAAUUAAAGUUGUAGCCGUUGACUGUGGGUUGAAACACAACAUUAUCCGUCUGCUGGUAAAGCGAGGUGCAGAAGUGCACUUGGUUCCAUGGGACUAUGAUUUCACUGGCAUGGAUUAUGAUGGACUCAUAAUUUCUGGAGGUCCAGGGGAUCCCAUGAAGGCCCAGGAAGUGAUUCAGAAUGUCAGAAAGGUCCUGGAGAGCAAUCGCCCAGAGCCCCUGUUUGGAAUUAGCAUGGGGCAUCUAAUCACUGGAAUAGCAGCUGGAGCUACUUCCUACAAGAUGCAGAUGGCCAACAGAGGCCAGAACCAGGCUGUCCUGAAUGCAGUGAGUGGCCAGGCUGUCAUCACUGCUCAGAACCAUGGCUAUGCCAUCGAUGGCUCCUCCCUCCCUCCUGGCUGGAAGCCUCUCUUUGUGAAUGCCAAUGACCAAACCAAUGAGGGAAUUAUGCAUGAGAGCAGAUCGAUUUUCACAGUGCAGUUCUAUCCAGAUGCAAAUCCUGGGCCCAGGGACACAGAGUUCCUAUUUGAUUCAUUUAUUUCCCUGGUUAAAAGAGGGAAAGGCACCACCAUUCCCUCAGUCCUUCCCAAGGCUGGAGUGACAGCUUCUAGAGUGGAGGUCUCCAAAGUUCUCAUUCUGGGAUCCGGGGGUCUGUCAAUUGGUCAGGCAGGGGAAUUUGAUUACUCUGGAUCGCAGGCUGUGAAAGCCUUGAAGGAAGAAAAUGUGAAAGUUGUCCUCAUGAAUCCCAAUAUUGCUUCAGUGCAGACCAAUGAGACUGGCUUAAAGCAGGCUGAUGCUGUCUACUUCCUCCCCAUCACUCCUCAGUUUGUCAUCGAGGUCAUCAAGGCAGAGCAUCCUGAUGGAUUAAUCCUGGGCAUGGGGGGCCAGACUGCUCUCAACUGUGGAGUGGAGCCCUUCAAGCAAGGAGUACUGCAGCAGUACGGUGUGAAGGUCCUCGGUACUUCAGUUGAAUCCAUCAUGGCUACAGAGGAUAGAAAGCUUUUCUCUGAUAAACUAACUGAGCUAAAUGAAAAGAUUGCUCCUAGCCUUGCAGUGGAAUCGGUUGAAGAUGCUCUGAAGGCAGCUGAAAAGAUUUGCUACCCUGUCAUGAUACGUUCUGCCUAUGCCCUUGGUGGUCUGGGGUCUGGAAUAUGUCCUGAUAAGGAAAGUUUGCUGGACCUUGGUACAAAGGCAUUUGCAAUGACUAACCAAAUUCUGGUGGAAAAGUCAGUUGUUGGCUGGAAGGAGAUAGAGUAUGAAGUUGUAAGAGAUGCUGCUGAUAACUGUAUUGCUGUCUGCAACAUGGAAAACAUUGAUGCUAUGGGAGUCCACACAGGAGAUUCUGUUGUGGUGGCUCCAAGCCAGACACUCAAUAAUGAGGAGUUUCAGAUGCUGAGGGAUCGUGCCAUCAAAGUUGUCCGACAUUUGGGCAUUGUGGGAGAGUGUAAUAUCCAGUUUGCUCUGCAUCCAACUUCCCUGGAGUACUACAUCAUUGAAGUUAAUGCCAGACUCUCAAGAAGUUCAGCUUUGGCCUCCAAGGCAACAGGGUAUCCAUUAGCAUUCAUUGCUGCCAAAAUUGCCUUGGGGAUUCCCUUGCCAGAAAUCAAGAAUGUGGUGACAGGAAAAACCUCUGCUUGCUUUGAGCCUAGCCUGGAUUACGUUGUGACCAAGAUACCCCGCUGGGAUCUGGACCGCUUCCAGCACACUUCCAACUGGAUUGGGAGCUCCAUGAAGAGUGUGGGAGAGGUCAUGGCUAUCGGACGCACGUUUGAGGAGAGCUUCCAAAAGGCCCUGAGGAUGUGCCACCCCUCGGUGGAUGGCUUUGUUUCACAGCUGCCUAUGAAUAAAGCCUGGCCAGCCACUGUGGAUCUCCACAAAGAGCUCUCUGAGCCAUCCAGCACUCGGAUAUAUGCAAUAGCCAAGGCCUUGGAGGAUGAAGUCCCUGUGGAUGUCAUUCACCAACUCACAGCCAUUGACAAGUGGUUCCUGUAUAAGAUGCGCAGCAUUGCCAACAUGGAGAACAUCCUAAAGGACAUGAACAGCAAAACAAUUCCAGAGGAGACACUGAGCAGAGCCAAGCAGAUGGGGUUCUCUGACAAGCAGAUUGGGAAAUGCCUGAGGCUGACUGAAGUCCAGUGCCGUGAGCUGAGACUGAGGAAGAAUAUAGUGCCCUGGGUGAAGCAGAUUGACACCCUGUCAGCAGAAUACCCAGCAGUGACCAAUUACCUCUACAUCACCUACAAUGGCCAGGAACACGAUGUAAAAUUUGAGGACUGUGGAGUGAUGGUGUUGGGCUGUGGACCAUACCACAUAGGCAGCAGUGUGGAGUUUGAUUGGUGUGCUGUCUCCAGUAUCCGCACGCUGCGUCAGCUUGGCAACAAGACCGUGGUCGUGAAUUGCAACCCAGAGACAGUGAGCACGGAUUUUGAUGAGUGUGACAGACUGUACUUUGAAGAGCUGUCACUGGAAAGGAUCCUGGACAUCUACCAAUAUGAGGGAUGCAGUGGCUGCAUUAUUUCUGUAGGUGGGCAGAUUCCCAACAACCUGGCAGUACCACUGCACCAGAGUGGAGUGAAGAUUCUUGGCACAGAUCCUUUAAAGAUUGACCAGGCAGAAGAUCGUUCCAUGUUCUCAGCCAUCCUGGAUGAGCUGCACGUGGCCCAGGCUCCCUGGAAGGCAGUCAGCACACUGAGAGAUGCAGUUGAAUUUGCAAGGUCUGUGAGUUACCCAUGCUUGCUGAGGCCCUCCUACGUUCUGAGUGGGUCUGCAAUGAAUGUAGUAUUCACUGAAGAGGAAAUGAAGAAGUUCUUAGCAGAAGCCACCAGAGUCUCUCAGGAUUACCCUGUGGUACUCACUAAAUUUAUUGAAGAUGCCCGUGAGGUGGAAAUGGAUGCUGUAGCCAAGGCAGGAAGAGUCAUUUCCCACGCUGUCUCAGAGCAUGUGGAGGAUGCAGGUGUUCACUCAGGAGAUGCCACCCUCAUGUUCCCCACACAGACCAUCAGCCAGGAAGCCUUGGAGAAGAUAAAAGCUACAACAAAAAAGAUUGCCAAGGCUUUUGCCAUCUCUGGUCCAUUCAAUAUCCAGUUCUUGGUGCAAGACAGCAAUGUGCUGGUGAUAGAGUGCAACCUGAGGGCCUCACGCUCCUUCCCCUUUGUAUCCAAGACUCUGGGGGUGGACUUCAUUGAUGUGGCCACUAAAGUGAUGAUUGGGAAAGAGGUUAAAGAGUCAUCCCUCCCCACAAUGGAACACCCCAUUUUGCCAUCCAGAUAUGUUGGGAUUAAGGCCCCAAUGUUUUCCUGGUCCAGGCUGAGAGAUGCUGACCCUGUUCUCCGCUGUGAAAUGGCCUCUACUGGAGAGGUUGCGUGCUUUGGGGACGACGUGUACUCUGCCUUCCAGAAGGCUCUGCUUGCCACAGGGUUUACAUUUCCUAAGAAAGGAAUUUUGAUUGGAAUCCAGGAGUCCUUCCGCCCCAGAUUCCUCAGUGUAGCAGAACUGCUGCAUGAGCAAGGCUUCAAGCUUUAUGCCACAGAAGCAACCUCAGCCUGGCUCAAUGCUAAUGGCAUCCCAGCAAAUCCUGUGGCAUGGCCAUCACAGGAGAGCCAGAGUGCCAGCCUCCCUUCAGUCAGGAGGCUGCUGAGGGAUGGGAAAGUAGAUCUGGUGAUUAACCUGCCCAACAGCAACACCCGGUUUGUCCAUGAUAAUUAUGUGAUCCGGAGAAUGGCCAUUGACAGUGGCACUGCUCUGCUCACUAACUUAAAGGUGACAAAGCUUUUUGCUGAAGCUCUCAAAUACUCUGGAAAAUUGGACUCCAGGAGUCUCUUCCACUACAGACAGACUGACAAUGGGAACACUGCAUAGAACUCUCUCCAGCCUGCAAUCUUACUGCUCCUGGUGCCUCAAAAGAGAGCAGAUUUCAGACCAUCCACCUAACCAUCUUUCCAUGUAUUUUGCUUUUGUUUGGUCUUUUUCAGCCUGCAGAUUUGAUGGGAGAAAAAGGCUGCAUGUGCAUGUCCUAGAAUUGCUUCCAAGUUCUGCUCAGUCCUUCAGGCUAUUGCCAUUGCUAUUUUUUACAUUCUCAUUCAAUAUUGUGAAUUCAGGUGGCUCUCCCUAUAUCAUAAAGACUCUCUCAGCCUUGCUUCUGCCUUCAAAAGGGGAGAACUCCCCAAAGACUUUCCACAUAUUGCUGUCCAAUGCUUUGUGCCAUGAUUGUGGGCAU